AUGGCCACGUACAAUCUCGCUUUAAUCCUCGAAAAUCCCUUAAACGACGCCGAAUUUCUCCUCGUAAAGCAAACCCCACCCCCAAAAUACGGCAUUGAAGAGUAUGAUUCAUUCGUUGACUCUGAUCUCUGGGACUUACCCUCGAAGAAGCUGGACCGUGCAAAAGGAGAAUUGGAGCCUGGUAGUAUCGUCAUUGAAGGCAUAGAGAGGAUCAAUUUGGGCAAAUUCGAUUUUGAUUCGGCUAUUAAGAAGGUUUUGGAACAAGUGGGGUUUAAGGCAAAUGAUGGAGGAGAGUGGAGAUUUUUGAAGCAUGUGGAGGAAGCUGAGUUCGGCCCGGGAUUGCCAGUUAAUACAGUUGAUCGUGUGGGAACUCUGGUAGUUCUUGGUCUUAUAAAUGAUUCCGUGCAAUCUUCAGAGAAAGUGAAUACUGCAUUGCAUUAUCAGGAAUAUCCACCUGGUGUUAUACUCGUUCCUAUGAAAAGUAGAACAUCGAAGCCUUUCCAUACAACAAACUUGGUUAUAUUUGCACCUGAGAAUGUUAAAAAUGAAAGUGAAGAUUACAAUUUUGUAGCCCGCGGAGAUGCAUUGAUUGUGGACCCAGGAUGCCAAGCUAAUUUUCAUGAGGAGGCAUGUCAGUUUGUUACUUGGCUACUGGCUCUGAUGCAUUUUGAUUGGUCUUCUAUUUGGCUUGAUCAGCUCUUGAAAAUUGUUGCUGCUCUGUCGAAAAAGUUGGUCGUCUUUGUUACCCAUCACCACGCAGAUCAUGUUGAUGGUCUUUCUGUCAUCCAAAAAUGCAAUCCUAAUGCUACUUUAUUAGCACAUGAGAACACAAUGUGCCGCAUUAGUAAAGAUGACUGGUCUCUUGGUCACAUAUCGGUUUCUGGAGGAGAAGACAUUUGCAUUGGUGGUCAGAGAUUGAAUGUCAUUUUUGCUCCGGGACAUACAGAUGGGCAUUUGGCACUGCUUCAUGUUGAUACUCACUCGUUGAUUGUAGGUGACCAUUGUGUGGGUCAAGGAAGUGCCCUCCUGGACAUUGCUUCUGGUGGAAAUAUGACUGGCAGGAGUGGGGCUGGGACAGAAUUUACAGAAACCUUAAGAGUCUCGCAAAGGCCUUCUACUUGCCUUGCGGAGAAAGGAAACUUUGGUUUGCUGAUGUUUUAUAAACUAGUGGAUUAUUUUCAAUCGACUUACAGAUUUAUUGAGCUUGCCCCGCAUGUUUUGAUCCCAAUGCAUGGAAGAAUUAAUUUGUGGCCAAAGAACAUGCUUUGCGGAUAUCUAAAGAACCGUAGAAGUAGAGAAUUAUCCAUCUUGGCUGCUAUAGAAAAUGGAGCUAAGACAUUAAUUGACAUAGUUGCGAAUGUAUAUUCGGGGGUUGAUCGCAGUCUUUGGGUUCAUGCUGCAUCAAAUGUGAGACUUCAUGUGGAUCAUUUAGCUCAACAAAAUAAGCUGCCGAAGGACUUCUCUGUAGACACUUUCAAUUGCAGUUUGGUUGCGUUUGCUGAGAAGGUGGCUAAAAUUGAGCCCAAGUGA